AUGGCGGCCUUCCUCCGCCCGAAGUCCCGCGAAAUGCCGGACCUCCAGCGAUUCGGGCCGCUCGGCCGGCAGACGCCGCCGCCAUCUCCGCCACCUCCGGCAUCGCCACCGUCAUCCGUUCUCCAACAACACCAGUCCGACGACAAAUCGUCGCCGACGGCCCCCGAAAAUUGGAUGUCUUCGAAUCAGAGAGAUGAUUUUACAGCCGACAACUCGUCGCCACCGCCGCCGCCGCCGCCGCCGCUCGCCGAACCCGACGAGGUAUAUACCUCCUACCGAAUAGGGUAUCCAGUGGCGGAUCCAUAAUUGAAUUUCGGGGAGGGGGCUUUCUAAUAGAGAUUACUACAAAGCAUUAAAAAAAAAAAAAGGUGAUACUGGGGAUGGGUGGCAGCCACUGUUGUAGGUGGGAAGUUGAAAAGAUGACACACAAGGUUAUUUAAUAAUUUAUACCUGAAAGCACCGAUAAACCAUUGCUAAUUUAUUUUUCGAUUGGAAUAAGAUUUCUCGUCGAUAAUUAAUUGUUUACAGACAGAAAAAUUAAUUAAAAAUUAAAAUACAUCAUAUAGUACAAUCAACACAUUCAUCCAGUGGCGCCGAACACGUAUGGCAAGUGUGGGUAAUUACCCCCGAAACUUUUUUAGGUAGGUGGGUCGUGGCCCGUGGGUGACUGUUUUUUAUUAUAUAAUAUAGUGUAAUUACUGAAUAGUAUACAGCCAACAAGAUACAGUGUUUAUACCUGAGAGAUUCCUCAAUGCCAGUUUGCACUAUGCACUAGACUAGCCUCUAAUAUGCACUACCUAUGUAUCCUUACCACGGUUAUAGAUAUGAAUUGAUAAAACAAUAGCAUAUCGGUCUAUGUUAGAGGGCUCGGUAUGUUUGAUCGGUAUGUUCCCACUCGAAACAUAGCAGGUAAGCGAAUUCAUAUGUAAGUUCCGACACGAAAAAAAAUAUACCUUUAGUCUAUAAGUAAAUUUCUACACGAACAGAAAUAUUAAAUAUUAUACAGAAAAACAUAAAAUAAUAAAAUAAACGAAUUUUGCGAUUAUUUAAUGACUAGACAAAACACAUAGAGGAUAAUAGUACGUUAUAAAAUCAAAAAACGACUUUCUCCGUAAGCAACUAGAUCUAAAAUUGAACAAAAAAGGGCUUUUUGUCAUUUUUUUUAAUAAAGUAAAAUUUCUAGUAGAAAUCAUAAAUUAUGAAAAGAAGUCCCAGGAUAAUGGAGACGGGUGCAGCCACCGUUUCAUGUAAUUUUAUGUAUACCUGUAGGCAACGAUAAACCAUGGCUUACGAAAAAACGAUUCUGAGCGAAGUUCAAUUGAUUGCGAUUUUUUUUCAUUAAUAUAUAUGCUGAUUUCUUCGGUUUUCUGUUUUUCCCAGUUUUUCAAAUUUACUGAGACAAUCGAAAAACGGCCUCUUUAAAGUAUCUCCCCAAGUGAAAUUUUCUUUUAGAAAAAUUGUUACUAUUUAAAGUUGGAGCAAAAUUGCUGGUAGAAAAGUUGUCCACAGAAAAAAAAAUAAUAAACAUCUUUUUAAAAAUAUAAACUUCUUCGCUCCACUUAGAAUCUAAAAAUAAUUAAUAAAAUCCGAAUCUAAAAAAUGAAUAAGACUUAUAGAUUAAUAAAUUAGCACUAUUAUUGUAAUAAGAUCGCAGUGUAUUGGUUACUGAAGAUUUAUUACUUAGAUUUUUUGUCCUAGUAUUAAUCUAUGUGUAAGUACAGUGUGGGAUUCUCAAAACAAUUGUGGACUCCCGCGCUUUGUCGAUCGUGUCGUUCCGAUCCAGUAUAUCUUAUUAGUUCGUAGUUCACAAUCAUAAUAUAUACUAAUAAUAUACCAUUUAAUAAAGAUCAUAUGUAUUAUCUAUUAUCUAAGUUCAACACUUCCAUUUUAAUUUAUACCCGCCAUUAAAUAUUCAAAUAUCAAUUUAAAGUGUAACUAUCACGAUUUAGAUAGAUAGAUAUCUUAAAUCUUGUGAUAUUUAUUAUUAUCUAUUUAUCAUUUUGUAAUAUUUCGUGAUAUGAAAUUACGAACAUUUAUAUAUAUAUUACAUUUAAAUAUUUUAUUAUUUAGUAUUUUACUAGUAUAAUAUAGAAAAAGAUUCUCAACGUGAUCAUUAAAAAAAUAUUUCGUAAAAACAGGUGGGCUCCGAGACUCACCCCUUUUAUCCUGUUUGGGUGGGUGGGUAGAUGUUAUUCUCAAACAGGGUUUACCCCAAUGGUUUAAAAAAGGUUCGGUGCCACUGUAUUCAUUGUGCCAUUCCGCCUAACAUGAGAAUCUUAUAUUAUAUAUGCGUGAAACAAUUAAUUAAGUAAAAACUCUUGUAUAGUCUAUAGUCUAGAAGAGUAGGAGCCGAGUUCCCUGGUCCCCCACUGGAUCCACCAAUGCGGAUUAGGUUAGGUUAGGUAUCGAUCGUAGACAAUAAGAAACCAUCUGAGUAACGCGUAAAAUGCGGAAAAUAGCAAAAACUAAGUUUUUUCCUUGAAUUUUUCCGGAAAACUUAUUGCACUGUACUGUGUCUGUUACAUACAUAAUUGUAUAACAGGUAAUUUUUGAUACUUUUAAUGACUCACACUGGACAAAAUAAACUCAGGAAUCAGAGUUUUUUUUUAUGUAUAGGUGGAUUGAAGAAACGCAUUUUCGGCUGAAUUUAGAUACGAAUUUCACCGUGUUGUUGGGGGAAAAUUGUGUUUUUUUAGGUUUGUACACUCCUACAAAAUCUCCAAAUGAAACUAGGGGGUGUCAUUUGAUACAUCCAUAGUGAUGUAAGUAUCAAAAAUGUGCCUUUGGUGAUUUUAAUUUUCAACCCGCUCUUUAACCAUUUUUAUGCUUAGAUUUCAUGUUUUUACAGGAAAUACCGGGUUUUAAAUUAGUAAACACCUAUCCAUCUGCACCGUCUGUUUGUAUAUUAGCAAAAAUUUCGAGUACUACUUUAUCUAUUUUGGUCUAAUUUUUUUCAUAUUUUUUUUAUUCCUUAUCAUUAAUGACAAACAAAUAAUCGUGGAAUAAUGCAACUGCAACAAGUCAACUGGGGUAAAAUUCGAAUCUCGGAGGUUGGCUGCUUAUAUGUUUCGUGAUUUGUUUAUAUCUAGAGGAGAAGUAUUGAACUACGAUUUCAUAUCUAUCAGAAAUUGAAACGCCUAAAAUAGGACGGGAAAAACGUUUAAAAAAAAAGUUUAAAAUUACGCCAUGUGUGUACAUACCUGGAUAUCGUUUUCAAACAAACCCAUGCGUUUUCUGUUUUUAAUUAUUGUAGGCAUUUCAAAAAACAAAAUAAAUAUAGACAGUGUGUACACUUUAACCGCCGACUGUUUAAUACCUAUUCAUCAAUAUAUUAUUCUUUCCAAGUAUGUAUAUAAUUACUGCUACUGUCUAUUUCGUGCAAAGUUUCAGUAAAAUUUGCACCACGAAUACAUUUAAAUAAUUACUUAUAUAGUUGAUAAUAUUUUAUAUAUUUUGAUAGGCAGUAUAAGUUGUAAGUACUCAAGAUUAGGUUUAUAUUUUUUUUUCUUUCCAUUCGUAAAUAAUUUAUCUACCAGAAAUCCUACUCCGGUCAUCAAUUUCGAGGGUGAUUUUCGUUAUAAAAUAGUGUCUAGUCGGUGAAUUUAAUGCAUCUAUUAUAAUUCAAAUUCAGUCAAAUCACAGAUAACUGCAAUUUCUAUAAUUGUAUAAGCCCUUUAUUUACGUAGUACAAUUGAUACAAUUCCAGAUGAUUUUUGAACUAUUUAUGAUUUAUAAUAUAAUUGUAUUAACAAUAAAUGCGUUUAACGUUUACAGCCUCAAAAUUAUACUUCCCCAAAAAAUGACGGGAAACACGUGUGUUUUAAUUCUACUGUCGAUUUCGUGUUAGCAUAUAACAGAAGUCAGCAAAACGUGAAGUCUGGAAAAGAAGACAGACAAUUAUUGGACGAUGAGACGGAAAGACAAUUUUUUUAUCGCGAAUUGAAAGCGCACGGGAUAUUAGUUAACAUUGACGAUGAACCGACGGUAAGUUUUAGUCAAUACUCGUUCUAGUUCAAAUGGCUCGUAUUUUCAAAAAAUCUGUUAAUAUACAAUCAGCGUUUUAAAAAUGUUAAUAUUAUCAAUACAAUAAUACUCGUGCCAAUUGUGUGUAUACGGAUAGGGGGGUGAAGACAAAAUAAAAACAAAAACUUACAUGGGUACAGGAUAGUUUUUUUUUUCCUCUGUAGGAUUGUAAUAUUAUUAAAUUAAAAAUUGCUCAUUAUUUACACGCUUACUACAGAUAGGUUAAAAUAAUUUAUGAUAUCGAGCAGAUGUAUUAAACAAAAAUGUGUUCGAAAAUAUUUUCAACAUCAUUCCUAUCCCCGUGAAUAUUUUUUAAUGGCGGACUCAGUUUUAAUCGCGAUUUUCAAUACAUAAUACAUAUUAUUAUAUUAAUUAUAAUGAUCCGUUAUCUUCAGUUUAAAUCUUUGAAGUCCGGGGGUACGCUUUAGUUAUUAUCACUGAGCCAUUUUAAUGCAAUUUUAAAAACUCGAGUUAGUUCUAUUAAGCACAUUUUUUUUUUUUAAACCUAUUAUAGAUUAUAAAUAAUUAGACUCUGUUUUAAUUAAUUUUUACUAAGAUAUACAUUAUAUAUAGGAUAAUAUGCUUUUCUUUUUUUUAUUUUGUGGGAGGAGUCAGGUUUAUUUUUGAACCCUAUCAACGUCAAAUUAUUAUGACCGAAAUAUAAGUAUGUAAGUGAGAGAAAAAACUAUUGUAAGUCUUGUCUCCGUGAUGAAUUUCCAGAAAGUUUGGUUGGGAAGGAUUUGGUUGGGUUUAGUUAUAGUUUUCAGAAAUGCUUCUCAAUUUUUUGGGAAAUAUUGUAUCCAGGGUUUCCCGUUCUAACCACCGGCAAUAACCGUCAUCUACGGCUUAAAUACUAUACGCCAAUGUAUACCAAUUAGCUACAUAUAUUGUUUUACAUAAAAUUGUAACGUUAUGUACCGCAUUGUUUGUCCGUCGCCAUUAAUUGUGCACAAUAUCGUAUACUAUAGUAUUCGCUAGAUGCGGGCCGUACGUGUUUCGCUCUGCUGCAGUUAUCUCGAAGAUAUUUGUGUAGAUGCCGAUGCCAUACGAUCAGCGACGAGGACGAACAAACAGUGAUCGCCAACACGAAAUACAUCAACUACCAACAGGUACGUAGAACUUGUCUCGAAAUAGAUGAUUAUAAUGUUUGUAUAGUGUACCGAAGUUAACGAAUCCUGAUUGCGCUACAAAUGCACUCUAUAAUCGUAUCGACCAUCGUAAUCGUCUCACUGAAUUUUUAUGGAGAGCAAACAAUAAUGGGAUUAGAACUUUGGUAUACACAACAAUUUAAUUAAAAUUAAUUAAUUUCCCAGUAAGAUGUAAACAUUAUUAAAUUGUGAUAUUUCGAUUGCCUACUCAUGUCUCGCUCAGGUAACGAAAAAAUAGCGUCAAGGUUGCUCAGAUAAUGUUUUUUUCUUUAAGUUUGAUAGUAGCUCAAUUCACUCUAAUAUUAAAACCAACAACACAAUGUUGGAAAUUCUGAGCGCAAAUUUGCUACGACGGCCGUAUGUUUGAAAGACAAAGACGACAUAGUACGCGUAUCACGGCCACUUAAGAAAAUUCACUGAAGACAGAUAAAAAUAUUUGUAAUUUUAUCGAUGGGAAAAUCGUUUUCAAUUAUAUCAAUAACCGCGAUUAACAAAUAACAGUUAUAUAAUAUAGUUACUAUAUAAACCACUGUCAUAGUUUGGGACAUCAUAGUUUUUAUGGAAUACGAAUAUUGUCAUGAACUGCCCAUAGUUAUAAUAUAUGUGGACAUAUGGUUAUACUGUAAAAUAAUUUUUCUUUUACUAUUUUAUUGUAUGGGCUAUACAAUAAACGUCUGUGUUAAACACAGCCAAAGGCUACUCCACUCAACUAUACGGCUUUGUAUAAGCACACGGGUAUUUCACAUAACCAGAUAAUACCUAUCGCAUUUACCUAUUGAAAAAAAAAAAUCUGUCCUAAGAUAACGGAGUGUAGCCACUGUAAUAGGUACUUUAAUACAUACCUGUAAGCAACGAUAAACCAUUGCUAACAAAAAAACGAUUCUGAGCGGAGUUCAGUUGAUAGUGAUGUUUUUUUCAACAAUAUAAAUGUCAUAUCAUAGAAAAGUAAUUUAACAAACAUCAUAUAUUUUCUUUAAUAAUAUUUGUUUAAUGUUAUGCCGAUUUUCUCGUUUUUCCAACGUUUUUCUUCCGUUUUUAUUUUCGGUUUUUCACAUUUGAUGAGAAAACGCUUGAGAAAAUAGGCGCUACACUUAAAAAUCAAAGCAAGAUUAAGUUGCGCCCAGAUAAAAAAAAAAAAAACAUUUUUGUAAAACCAUAAGCUUCUUCGCUCCACUCAGAAUCUAAAAAAUACAUAUAUGUAUCUUUUGUCUCGGGGGAAAAAGGGCUUACAUUAAUUAAUAAUAAUACGAAAAUAUCUUACAUCAUAAACACCGACUAAAUAUUAUAACCGUGUAAAACAUGAAUGUUUUCGGGCAUUUCGCUACCGUACCGAUAUUGCUAUGUUAAACGUAUAGUGAAGCACAAUCAUUAUUUUUCCCCUCUAAAUUGUAGUGUCCGAAUGACAGCGGGAAUCGCCACUCGAAACACGAUGAAACGCUCACGUCGGCGCAGAGAGUCCAAAUGGUAUGGAACAUUAUAAUCCGAAUCAAAUACGGAGGCGAUAAACGCGACGAGAAUGUCAUGGACCUCAACCGACUGCUCGAGGCUGGUAUAUUUACCGCUGCGUAUCCCGUGCACGACGGUAAUUUUAAAUUGAACAAGGGAGAUGAUCCGGAUAAUACCAUAUUAAACGAUAGACAAGUAAGUGCUAAUAUCCAUUGGAUACAAUUUCAACAGAAACAGAACAAGAUUUGUUUUUCUACUCUUAAAACGAUUAAACACGAUAUCCGCGCGUGUCUUAUUGCUGUAAAAUAAUUACUGUUUUUUUUUUUUUGGACUGGAACCCCUAUCCUGGGCUAUAUAAAAAUAAACUGUUGAACGUAAUAAUAUAUAGUAGUACAAUAAUUCAAAUAUAAAAUAUUUGAAAUAUUCAAAACUAUUCAAAAGUCGGUAUUUAAUAUUAUGAUAUAAUGUGCGCCUAACUCAACCUUACGAUCGAUUUGUUAGUAUAUUUAUCCGGCAGAACCGUUCAAAAAGGGUGAUUAAUCGACGAUAUUAACUGUCAAAAUCAUAAAUAUUGAUUUGACCUUCACGGACAAUCGUCUGAACAGUUAGUAUUAACUAUUAUACCUAUGUCUUAACCUGGCCGAUGUCUAAUCAAUUUGACGAACAGAUUAUUUUUCGAAUAUUUUUUAGUACCGUCUGUUUAUUCAAAAAAAAUUAUAACAAUAAUAUAUACCUACCGAAAAUUACUAUCAACGAUGUUGAUAUCUAAAUUGUUAAAACGAGGGACAUAUGAAAAACAUCGCAUGAACCGGAUCACAUAACAACAAUAAUAUUACUUAGCCAAGUGUAACAAUAAUAGAGUCUCGUAAAUUCGAUUAUAGUUACCACUUAUAUAAAGGACUAGCCCCUUUUCCGGGGACAAAAGAAAUAAUAGAAAAAUAUGUUAUCAUUAUGUUAUUACGGCCUUUACACAGACUACCUUAUUAUUUAUUUUUUUUUGUUUUGUUUGUUUUAACUUUUUAUUUCAUCCGUAUUGUAAAAGUAACCCAUAAAUCAAUAAAACUUAGAUAUUCAAACUAAAAUAAACCAUACUAAAUAAAAAUAUCUAAUAUUAAUAACUAAUAACUCUGUGCCAACCUACUUUAGGGGGUUUUUUUUCAAACAAAAGGUAACCUAUAUGUCCUUUAUAAAUUUUAUCGAAAUCUGUUCAGCGGUAAUAUAGGCGUGAAAAGGUUACAAACAAGACAGAGUUACUAUCGCAUAUAUAAUAUAGGAUAUUUUAGAAAUAAGUACGAAUUUAAAAACGCCAUAAAAGUUAGACAUUUUAUUAAAAAAUAACAAUUUUUUCACACACAGCUCAGAAAACAUCUCCCAUUUAUCUAUGGAUAAUAACUUCCGACAUACGUCCAUUCAUGAGGCCAUUAAUUUAUGCGGUCAUUAAAAUUUGCGAUGAUUCGCCCACAAACAAUAUGGAUAAUAUAUCAAUACUAAUGUUAUUAUAAAUAAAAAAAACGGACGGAAAAUGAUAACAAGGAAAUAAAGACGGACAUACUUCACACGAUGGGUUGGCCACUGUUGUAGAUGAUAUGUUGGAAAAGUAGGAUAUAUAGGGAAAUUCAAUUUUUAGCUGUAGGCAACGAUUAGUUAACGAAAAACGAUUCUGAACGGAGUUCAGUCAAUAGUAUUACUUUUUCAACAAUGUACGUUUUCAUGAUAAUAAUGCAUGUUUAAAAAAUAAUAACAAAAAUACAUACCAAUGAUAAUCUUGUUUUUAAUCUUAAUCAACCCAGUGAACCAAUUUUUCCUCAUUAUCUCGAAUAUAAAUGGGAAUUUCAAAAAAUGACCUUUUAAAGUACCAACUAGAGCCAAAAUUCAACAAAAAAGGUCCCUUGUUUUGUGUUUUUUAUCGGAGUAAAAUUUCUAGAAGAAAUUGUGUACACAGUAAAAAAAAAAAAGAAAAGAAAAAAAAAACAUUAUUAUAAAACCAACACUUUCGUCGGUUUACUCAGAAAUCUAAAAUAUAGGUACCCACUACCCACGUAAGUAAAAUGAACAAGCAAUAAAUUAAACUUUGCCUGGAGAAUUACAAUGACGGAGUAUUUUAGUGUGUAUUCACGACCGGUAUCAAUGUAAUGCAAUCAUCAUCACGGGUAAUCGGUAAUAAUUGUGUUUCAUGGUGGUUGAAUAAAAAUAGAAUUCUUGGAGAAAAUGAGGGCAAUCGAUACGCCAUUUAUUUAUUCAUAACUUAUAUACCCACGCUCGUGCGGAUAUUUUCACUUAAUUUAUUUAACUAAUAAAACAAGAAAGAAUAUUAAAAAGUUAUCGUAUCUAUUAUAAGUAUAAUACGUGUUGUAGUUUUUGUUGAAAAAAUACAAAAUAUUCUGAGCGUAGCGAGAAAUGUGUCAGUUAUCGUUUUUUUUUGCUUUGUGUGUGUGUGUGUUUGUGAGUAACUCAUUUAAAAAAUUAUGGAUAUUAUUAUUAUUUUCUGUAACUGCAUACCUGCGUUGUUAUUGCAGUUCUUAUACGGCGAUGUUCUAUUAGAUGCAUCUAAAUAGUAAUCAAACGUCAGAUUUUUAUUUUUCUACAGUGUCACACUGAACCAAUAUGAAUUUAAAAUAAGCACUACCAAUGUCAUAAUACUGAUAUUAUUUUUUUAUGAAUUAAAUCUAAUUUGGGAAAAAUACACUGAUAAAUAUCUGUUAAAUGAUCGCUAUUAAAUGACUGAAAUAAUUUCUCUUAUGGAGAUUUCAGAGACUACAAUAAUUAAUUGCACAGUCCGUCAUACGUUGAGUUACAAUAACAACGGAUUAUAAUACAUUUUACGUCCGAAUUUCGGUCAAAUAAAACACGUAAUAGAAUACCGACGAAUUAAAUGCUGACAACAAUAAAACUAAUCAAACAGUACAUAGAAUUAUUUUUUUUAUGACAGAAAAAAAAAAAAAAAAGAAACUUAAUACGUGUUAAUAUACUAGUGAGUAGGGCAGAGGACUCGUAGCUGUAAAAAAAGCAAUAAAUAUGCAAGCACUUAUGCACUUAAAAACCCCAUAAUAUGCACUUAAAAUUUUUCACUCCCUACUUUAACGACACAAUAUUUACGGUACAGGACUUUACCGUCGGUCGAAAACGUACAGGCACCAAACUCAGACACAAAACAUUUUAACCGACUACUUAAAGGCUGUUUGUCUUUCGGCAUUUUAUUACAAAUAUCAAAUAUGAAAUAAAAAUGUUCAAAUAAAUGUAUAAUACGGCUAAUAAGUCGGCACAAUUAAUACGAAUGUGCAUUUCGCAGAACUGACUGAGACUAAAUAUUAAAAUAUUGAUUAUUGNUCCAAACUCGGGCACAAAACAUUUUAACCGACUACUUAAAGGCUGUUUGUCUUUCGGCAUUCUUAAAGGCUGUUUGUCUUUCGGCAUUUUAUUACAAAUAUCAAAUAUGAAAUAAAAAUGUUCAAAGUUUGUCUUUCGGCAUUUUAUUACAAAUAUCAAAUAUGAAAUAAAAAUGUUCAAAUAAAUGUAUAAUACGGCUAAUAAGUCGGCACAAUUAAUACGAAUGUACAUUCCGCAGAACUGGCUGAGACUGAAUAUUAAAAUAAUGAUUAUUGUCGUUUCCAGAAACGUUUUAUAAAUGAAAAUCCUAAUCGAAUAAACGUUUACGUAGAUAAUCGUAAACGGCUAUCUACUUAGAUAAAAAUAAUUCCAGCAAAUUAAUAUUAUUGCCGUAUCGCCGAUCGUCAAGCGCUUCUAGGAAAAACGUGUGCCCGUGGACAUUCAAAACCGUAUUAUACGACAAAAAUUAAAAAUAAAUAAAUUUUCAUCCAAACAUUUUGACUGAUUGUUUGAAAUUAAAACAUCGGUGCGGCAAAUAUUGAUGUAAGUUAAAUAUGUCUCAAAAAAUAUAAAAUGACGGGUAAAAGUGCAAAAUAUGCGCUAUAAACAAAAAGGGCUCAAAAUAUGCAUUUAUAUGGAAAAUAAAAUUUCAAAACUAUCUUUUUUUCAAAACAUGAAACGUAUUUGUACUCUGCUAUUUUUGUUACUGUGCAAAACAAUUAUGCAAAUGCUACAAGUCCUCUGCCCUACUAGUGAGUAUUUGAAAUUUAAGAAACUGUUCGAGUAACAAUGUCUCCGAGAUCACUCCAAUAGCUACUAUAGGCGUACAUUAUACAGUUUCGAAUCGAUAUAAAUAUUAUUUUCUAUAGAAAAUGUACAAUAAUAUUAUUGUCUUUGUUUUCUACAGCUAAAUAUAGAUAAAUAUACGAUAAAUUAUAAAAACUAUAAUUUCCGAAUAAUUAAUAACACAUAGUAAUAUUAUUAUAAUCAGUGACGGAUACAGGAUUUUUUUCGAUGGGGUGCUCGAAAUCUAUGAAAUCUAUGCAAUUCCCGCAGGUGCUCUACGAGUAUUGGGCGAGGCCGGGUCUGAUCAUACCUCGACAAUGGAAAUCGGACGAAAGGAUUACCAAAUUGAUCAGGCAGUAUUACGGUUUACCGGUAGCCGUGUAUUUUCGCUGGCUCCGAUAUUACACCGUUUGGCUGAUUGGUCCGGCCAUAGCGGGUCUCGUCUGGUUCCUGUACGGGUUCAUAUCGACCCGCCAGGACAGCCCAACGUAAGAACACUGCGGCCAAAUGAACUCGUGUUAAUCCAGUGGGAUCGAAAACAUAUUAUGUUUCGUAUCAGUGGCGAAGGAGUUACCGGAGGAGAGGGCGACGGGUGCUAUAGCCCCCUGCUCGCGGGCAAUGUUUAUUUGCGUACACCGCUUUACGAUUUGAGUGUUAGCUUAUAAACGUUUUCGGUUAUUUCUUCCGCUAAGAACGUUUUCUACACUGAACCGUAUCGAAUCGUAGCUAUGUUUAAGUAACGGUACUAUGUCUGAAAAUACACGCAACGGGUUACAUAAUUUCUGCUUUUGCUUGACAUUUUCUUAUAAAGAUGCUGCUGCGUAUUGUCCAGGAAUGAAAGCGAGUGAAAUAAAUAAAAGAGCUGAUACUGGGGAUGGAAGCGGCCACUGUUGUAGGUAAAAAAUUGGGUAGGUAGGAUGCACAAGGUUAACUCGUUUAUAUCUGUAAGCAACGAUAAACCAUUGCUUGACGAAAGACGAUUCGGUAAUUUCGGCAGUUCGGUAAUACAUAAUUUGAAUUGUCGUAUUUUUUUUUCGCGACUUUCGUUUGAAUUCGAUUUCAAAUCGCUUAUUAAAAAAAAACAUAUUGUCCGAUAAUUUUGAAAAUUUUACCGCGUCUAGAUAAAUUCAAUAUAAGAAUUGUUACCGAGCUUCAAGUCUCUACGUGCAUUUAUAACCGAAUUACAGCAAAAAACCUCCCAAAAAUUAAAAUUCCUUAAAAGCUCAAAAGUGGUUCAAAAGUUUUGGUGACGAUACCGUAAGAAAGUAAAUCAAAAAGGAAAAAAAAAAGUUUUCUCAUAAUUUUUCGAUUAAAUCAUUUUUUCUGAUAGAAAACGUCGUCCGUGUUUUUAUAAAAUAAUAAAAUCGAGAAAUUGUACGUUUUUCUACGGUUUUUCCCACUUAAGUGCUUUUAUUUAAUAAAUGGCAUCGAAAAUUACCCAUUUAAAGUUGAAUCUAGAUAAAUUGAGCUUUCGGAAAAAUUGCUACACGUAAAAAUCGAAGCAAGUUUACUAGGAAAAAACGUGUCUACAAACUAGAAAAAAAAUAAACAUCUUAGUAAAACCAAUAGCUUCCCUCGCUACGCUUGGAAUCUAAAAAGCAAAUGGUAAAAAUAAACAAUAAAAUUAUUUUACAUAUUAUAACAUAAAAUGUAAUAUUAUUGGUUAGUACCAGGUAAUAUAAUGUAAUACCAUAAAACAGGUGCUUACACACCAUAUUUGAAUACCUUUUUUGUACUAACACUACAACAGUAAUCAAUUUUUUUACAUUCAAUUAUGAACUGCAGAUUUCGAUAACUUGCUCCGAUAAUUAUUUUUUGCGAAAAUGUUUAAAAUAUUAUCAUUGAAUAUAUAAUACAGUCAAUGGUAUUUAAAUAUGGUGUCGGUACUUAUUAUGUGGUACUAUAUAAUAUUGAUUUAGUACCUACUAACCAAUAACACAACUCUUUAUAUUAUAAUGUGUAAAGUAAAUAUAUUGAUUUUUUUUUUUCACUUGCUUUUUUUCCUAAAUUCGUCGUGAGGGGUGUAUUAAGUAUAUAUAUAGUCACAAGAUGCGCUGAGACACGACACAUAAUUUCUACAUUUUUGUAUUUCCUAUAUAAGAAUAUCACUUGAGUUUAUAAAAAUUCCUCCGCCACUGAUUGAUCACGAGAUCAUUCCCGAAAAUUGCAGUGUUAAUAAUUAUCCUGAAUCGGGAUACUUUUAGUAUAUUGUGUUUAAUAUUAGCAAUGUAAUGUGUGGUUUUUUUUUUUUUGUCGUCGGCGUGUGUAGCCAAGAUAUUUGUGAUCCUAAAUCUCCAGUGGCGAACUGGAUUUUAUGCCCGACGAGCCGGUGCGACGCCGGUCAUUGCAUUUUCACGAGGGUAUUGGACACGUGUGGCUUGUACCGGUGGACUUCUGCGGCGACAUUUGACAGACCCGGCGCAGUGGUGUUUGCAAUCUUCAUGUCGUUCUGGGGUAAGAAAAUUCGAAACUUUACGAUUAGGCAAGUAUUAUUUAGGUAUAUUUGAAGGGAAAGACGACCCGCAUAAGUAAAGUAACCCCAAUCAUAGUGCCGAAAUAAAAACAAAAAAAUAAAAAUGAACAUAAUUCGCAUGAUGAACCACUGUUGUAGGUGAGAAGUUGGGACGGUUGGGUGUAGAGGGGAAUUCAAUAUAUUUUUGUGUGUAACGAUUAACAAUUGUUACGUACGUCGUUGUUUAAGACGAAUUCUACAUGUUAAACCUCAAUAUCGACAGGCAACGCCAUCUAGGACAAAAUAAUCGACACCAAAACGUUGUCAGAUUCCGCCGCAGAGGUGCGUGUCGAUCGCAAAUCAAGAUUUCAAAAAAGCUCGCUUGUGUUCACAGUUACAUUUGUGUAUAGUAUAUAUACGAGUGACUGAAUUAUUAUUGGUACCGGGAACGCGCUUGCUUCAACUGCAACCUCGCCGUAUGGUGAACUUUGAAACCGAACGGGUUGAGUCCCGGGCCAACGGAGCCUGUGUGUGUACUCCCCAUUACCCCGGAACUAAUGAUGUUCCACGGUUGUCGCUCGCAUAAUUUCGCCCCGGUACCAAAAUUUUGGCAAUUUUUUUUCCCCACCAUUGUUUACAUAGUAUUAGCGGGCUCGAUUAUACUAAUAAUAAAUAGAUUGUACAUUUUUUUUUUUUUUUAGAAAAAUAAUAUAUCUUUUUCUUCUUUUAGUAUCGGUCUUCAGUUGUAUACAGACGGUCUCGAUAAAAUACUCGUUAUCUCGGAAAAUAUUAACUUUUUUUUAUUUGAUAAUUUAAUAAACAAGUAGCUCUAAAAAAUGUUACGUUGCCGGGCUGAAAUCACUACGCACUUUGAAUUUUCUAACAGCAACCUAUACCUAACUGUAUUGAAAAUCCUAUAAUUAGAUAAAGUUUUAAAUUUUAAUACAUUUUGGUGUUGAAAUUUUUUAUUUCCGUAAACCCGUUGACGAGAUAUUCCACUUUUAGGUUUCGAUUGAGGGGAGAAUAAUGGAGCUGUGUUGGCGCAAAGUAUUUUCAUCUAGAACAAAUUUGUUUUCUAUGUUCGCCAAUGAUAGCUCUCUUACAGCUAAUUUAGCUUUUAAAUCCACACACAAUUUCCUCAAUUUAUAAAUAUUACCUAUUUCGUAAUUAAAAGAAGUUAAUCAUUUCGUAACUCCGGCAUUUAUUUCUUCAAAUUCUUCUGGAUAAUGUGUUUUAAAUAUAACUAAUAUAGCUAAGUUGGCUAUUUGUAUUUAAUGUACCUAUCUCAUCUGGUAACAUUAAAUUACGAUAUUGUCCAUCUUUUGACAAUGGGAAUUUAAAAGCUGGAUUCAAAAUAAUAAUUGGUACUUUUCGGUUAUCUCGACUACCUGUAUACGAUGGACUACGGACGUCACAAUUCAGUUAUCUCAACUACCACAAGUAACUAUUUUAGUCCGCUGUUACCUACCCGAUAUGGUUUUCCUAACAAAAGAAUGUUAAUGUUUGAUUAAAAUCUGAUACGAGUUCACAUUUGGGCAACAAUAUUUUUGGCUGAUGGACGUUUGCGUGUUCAAUGUAUGGCUCGCAUAUGAGUGUGAAACUCAGGUUGGAGAUAUAAUCGAAUGAAAAACCGCAACACCAUUAUGCAUUUAAACCAAUGUAGUCCAUCUAUUUGCGGUGUUUUUAAUAUGGAUUUGAAAAUUAAAAGUAGGUAGUUUUCUCACUCUCGUUUAUUAAAAUGAAAAAAAUAAAUAAAUAAGAUUUUAAAAGAUUAAAAAUUAGACCUCCCGAGAUUUCGCAAUGUCCGAUCCAUUUAUUUUAAAUAAACAAGUCACCAAAUUCAUGUUAUUUCUCGCGCAUUUCUCAAAGUGUAAGAAAAAAAAAAAAAUGAUUUCUGUACUUCACGAAACCGAUGCUUAUUCCUGAAAUGAACAGUUACGAUGUAACCAGUGGAUAACUUACUAUUAUGUAUUCACUCUGUACGUCCUUAGGAUUUGAAUAAAUGCAAAUAAAAAUGUAUAAACUAUAGCGACGGCGUUUCAACAACUCUGGACUACGUACAGUUGGCAGUUCGAAGAAUAUCGCCGAGCCGACGAAACGGGCGGCGGCGUGCGUCUCGCCGACUGUCCCAGCAACGCGACGAAAGCGCCGACGCCUGCGGCCGCCGGUCCGCCGCCGUUACCAUCAGCCGAACAGGACCGCCGCGACGCGUCCGCCGAGAAACCUCGUCAGCCGACCGUCCGACCGACGACGUCCGUGCGGUCACCGGCGUACAUCACGUGGGGCGACAUACACCGGUGGUACUCGGAAAAGUUGUCUGUGUCGUUCCGCGCGAUCGUGUUCCUUGCCACGCUGGUCGGCGUGGCCACCGUUCCCAUUCUGAUCGUCGUGUACCGCGGCCGGGUCAUCGGGUGGCUCAUGACGGUCGUGUUCCACCAGAGCGGUCCCAAUCAGCCGUCCGUCCAACGGCCGCACAGACGCCACAACUUUUUCCUACUAAACUACGCCUACACCGGCGAUCUGAACAAUUGGAAAGCGGCCGUGGCCGCCGCGUUUGCCGCGUUCGUUCAGCUGACCGCCAUCGUAGCCGUCCACCGUGGCUACAGCGGCGUCGCCAAAUGGCUCACCCAAUACUCGUACCGGUCUGUGUACGAUCCACGGUUCCAGAGCCGAUACACAGCAUUCAUGUCCUGCUUCGACUCCGCCAACUAUUACUCGAGCUUGAUUUAUAUUGCUUUUUUUAAGGUACAUAAAACUGUUAUUCGCAAUUCUAUUAUAAUUCAAUCGCCCGGAAUAGUCUUGUACGUUUUUAAUGUUAAUUAAAAUGACCAAAUUAUUACAAUACAAUUUUAGAUUCUGAGUGGAGCGAAAAAGCUUAUGGUAUUACAAAGAUGUUUAUUUAUUUAUUUAUUUUUUUUAUCUGUGCGUCAAUUUUCUACUAGAAGACUUGCUCAGAUCUUUUAGUGCAGCACCUUUUUUGAAAGUAAACCGGCGCGGGGAAGUAAUUUAAGCAUGUAAUUUUUAAAUUUUCUCAAGAGUUUUUUCAUCAAAUUUUAAAAACCGAAAAAUAUCGGGAAAAACGGAAAAAUCGGUACAUUAAACUUUGAAAAUAUAUAACGUCUAUUUAAUUAUUUCACUAUAAUAUGACAAUGGUUUAUCGCUGUUUACAGGUAUACAUAAACUAUCUAUAAAAGUAGCUAGCGGCUGCACUCAUCUCCAUUAUCCUAGGACGUCUAUUUUACUCUUAAUUGUUUGCGCAUUUAUGUGCUUACAUUUUUGUUUGAUCCCAAAGAAUAAACCGUAUCGUGUCCGUUAUAUACGUCUUUCCUCGGGUACUUUUGGACACUGUUAACGGUCUCAUGUGGAUCAAAUGAGUUCAAACUUGGAAAUUGGAGUUUUUAUAAGCGAAUUGAAUUGUUACAAUUUUGAUUGAAUUUCAACGUAAACUGCACAAUGUUGUUACGGGAGGAGGGAAGUUUUUACCAUUGUACAGACCACUAAAAUAAAGCCAUUAUUAUGAAAUAUUGUGCAUAAUGCAUAUAUGUACAUAGUUAUGCUUUUUGGUGGUUUCAACUUUCAACUCCCACUCCCCCCGUUACUAAAAAUCUAAUUUACCUGGUCUGAUGAACUUUUUUUGUUCGAUUUCUUAUCAUUAAUAGGGGGUUUUAUGAUAUUUUGAAUACCUGAAAGAUAAGGGGGUGGGAGUCGAUUUUGGAAUAGGGCAGGAGAAGGAGGUUAGCGUGGUUAAUGGGUGAACACAAACCAUAAACAAGCACAAAUCGAAUUUAAUGAAGUAGGUAUAUAAUAUAAUAUUAUUAAUACCAACAAGCAACUCUGACAACUAUAAUUAUUUUAGAUCGGUAAAAUAUUACUCUGUAAUAGACUACAGUCACGCGAGUUUUUAUACUUUUGUCUAGAGUUUAAACUGGGAUGGUUUUAUUUGUAUUUAUUAUCUUAUUUUAGUGCACAAAUAAAUUAUGUACACUAACAAAACUCAUUCCCUCCGCUGCAGGGUCGGUUUGUGACGAACGGCCGCGGACUGCGCACGGACGGAGCGUCCAAAAUUUGGAACUUUUGGCCCAUCACCCUGUUCCGAACAGUGUGGCUGCACAUUAGAGACGAUGUCUGUCAACCUGCAGCCGCGGGCACGGGUUGCGUACCGGAGCUGUGCAUCCAGCUGGCCAUCAUUAUGGUGGGCAAACAGAUAGUGGACAACGUGAUCGAGCUGAUGACACCGUUAGUGUAUACGCCUAUAAAAAUCUUCUUCUCCUCCGUUUUCGUCACAACUAUUUGUGGUCGGCCACCUUCGUUCUAAAUUUCCACUUAACCCGAAAUCCCACCUCGCAUACACCGGCUGUCCUCACAUCAUUCUCAAUUGUUUCCAAUCAUCUCUUUUUCGAUCUACCUCUCAACUUAUUUAUUUUUAAGUUUACAUUCAGUAAAAUUUUUACUGCUUCUGAUCCCUUUCUCCCCGUAACAUGCCCAAAUCAUCUCAGUCUAUUUUCUCUCAUUUUAUCGAUUAUUGAAGCCACGUUUAAGCUACCCCUUUCCUUACCCCAUUUUCUCUCGUCACACCAUUCAUCCACCCAAGUGUUCCCAUCUCUACUCAUUGUCUGUUCUAUUUUACUGUUUCCCGCCCAACACUUCAAACAAUAUACCAAAGUAGCAUAUUCAGUCUCACCGCACGUUUGUACAACUUAACUUUAAGUCUCAUUGGAAUUCUCUUGCAUAAAACAUUUGACGCUUCUUUCAACUUCAUCCAUCAACGGUUAAAUAACCUAUGUUUCACAUUCUCACGAAAGACGCCUGUUUUCUGUACUCGAGAUCCUAGGUCGCCAAUAACCACCUAUAGCACAAUUAUAAUAAUAACUUCUAAAUUCUGCAAAUAAUUGACCGAGCGAGCGAAAGUCCCAAGUGGUAGUACGCGAAGCGCGUGAUUUCGCCGCGUGUGAUGUGAACGUGCGCUCUGAUCGCUCCACGUUGCGCCAGCGGAUACUUGCAAGGUCUACUGUUCACCGAGCUGCUAGUUACUUAGUGUCUGACCUCGCCUCAGACUCGGUGGGCCUCCCCUACGACCCUAUCCGGGCGCAUUGAAAUAUCGUACCGUCUUGUCGCAGGCUCGCGUCCAACGUGUGGCGCCGGUGGCGGGCCAAGGAGAACCGCCGCCGCGACAAGUUGCACGGAAAACUGCCGGAUACCAAUGUCGAAACGCUUAGACAUCCGAAACAAUGGCAACUCGACUACCAGCUGGAAGACACCGGGCCGCUGGGACUCUACCAGGAAUACUCGGAAAUGGGUAUGAACGGAUAUUGUUUUUCGGAUAUUUCAUAUGUUCACUUCCUGUGCGGUGAUGGUCAAGUCCGGUCUAACAUGCACAAUAAUUACAGCCAUCGCAUUAUACAACAAUAUUGUAUACUUCCAUGA